AUGACGGCGAGCGAGAGAGCCGUCAGCAGAGGCAUCGAGAGCGCAGAGCUCGAUCGCGAGACGUAAGCGGAGACGUAGUACGACGUCCGUAAGACGCUGCAGGACGAGAGCCUACAUGAGAGGCAGACGAAUGCCAGAGGCAGAUGGGAAGGAAGGAUACGCACGAGGUACGCUACUCGAAGAACAUGACCAGACUGAGUAGCUAAGCUCUCUGAGACGGGUCACGCUCUCAGUCGAUCUUCUGCUGUACUAACUACGCAUUCUUCACUAUUCGCUCUCUUCCUGAUCUCUCCCUCCUCACACCUCUCUCCCUUACUCUUUCCUACUCUCCUCUCUCACUUCUUACUCUUCCUUCUCUCUUCCCCUCUCUCACCUUCUCUCUUCCCUUCUUCCUUCUCUCUCUCUCUCUCCUUCCUCUAUCUCCCCUCUCUCCUCUCUCCCUUAUCUUCCCGCUCUUCCUUCUCUCUCUCCUCUCUUCCUUCUAUUCCUUCCUCACGCACACUCCUUUUUUCUUUAUUUCUUUUGAUAUUUCAUUCAGGUUUUCCAUAGGUGAGCUCAGAGUUGCAACCUGUGAGUUGAUUCAGAUAUUUUUAUCUACAGUCUACAAUCCAUUCAUAUACAUUAGCUACGUUCCAAUAUCCAUACAUGGAUACCAAUUAUAAUACACAUCCAAGACAUUGCUUCAUAUUCAGUCAGUGGUACUGUAUGCUAGUGAGGAUUGUCAACGGUACAGAACAAUAACACCUUGCCUUUCGUGAACUAACACUCGCACUUUACUUUUUACGACUGGCACUGACUUUGCUGAUAACUUCUUUAUUGAGGAAAAUAUUACUUACUAUGACUGAGAUAUGUGGUUGUCUCACCUAGCUAUCUUAAAGGGAUACUUCGGGAUGUUGUCUACUUCCCUCGGAGUCAGAUGAACUUGUGGAUACUCGUGGUCCUCUGUAGCUCAGUUGGUAGAGUAUGGCGCUUGCAACGCAAGGGUAGUGGGUUCGAUUUCCGGGACCAGCCAUACGUAAAAGUCUGCAGGCAUUACUCUAAGUCGAAUUUGGAUAAAAGCGUCUGCUAAAUGGCAUAUAUUAAAUUAUAUAUUAAAAUUUUUAUGUCUCUGCGUGCAGUUUGACGGAAGUUGCUAACUCGCGCUAGCGCAAUUGCUAACUAGCGCAAUGAAUGGAAGUCUAUAGGUAUCUGCUAGCAUUUCCAGUCAUUGCGCUAACGCUAGUUAGCAUUGGAUCGCAAAACUACCUCUAACUUCCUUCAUACUGGACACAGAGACAUAAACAUUUUAUCCAGAAGUUCAUCUGACUCUGGGGAAGUAGAUAAAGGGCCUCAUUGCUAAAAUCCCAAAGUAUCCCUUUAAGAUGAAUGAGCUUAACUGUCGCACAUAAGUCACUCUGGAUAAGUGUCUGCUAAAUUACUCAAAUAUGUAAAUGCUUUUCUGACAUUUCAAGUCCAGCAGCGGUGCCAAACUCUCCUCCCAGAGGGCUACCCUCCUGGAAGCUUUCUAGCCUGAUUCUCUUAAUUAGUAACCCACCAGGACCUUGAUUAGCUGAAUCGGAUGAGUUGCAGUACAACAGGGUUGGAGCAAAAGCUUGCAUAGCCAGUAGUUUUCCAGGAAGAGGGUUGGCCACACCUGAAGUAGAAUAUGAUCACACAUGAACAGAUUCUUAGCAUUAGCAUAACACUGAUUGUUAUGUGAGCCACUCAAUGUUUGGUUUUCACCCCCCUGCGCCCAAUACAUAAAUGAAUGAAUAUGAAUGGGAUAUGGCUAUCACUAUCACAUGCCGUAGUGAUAUCACUCUUCUAGUUUUGAAGGAGGGGUUUCUCAUUCUUGGUCUGCAUAGUCAGUGACAUUCUCUCCCUCUCGCGGGCUCUCUCUCAUGCUCUCUCUGUCUCUGUCUGUCUUUCUCUGUCGCUCUCUCUCUGUCUGUCUUCUCUCUGUUUCUCGCUGGUGUCGCUCCAGGGCAGAGACGGCUGUGGGAGGCAGUCAAGAGGAGGAAAGCCAUGUGCAAGCGCAAGUCCUGGAUGAGCAAGGUACAUUUACACAAACUCAUACAUAUCCAUACAUACAGUGAGGGAAAAAAGUAUUUGAUCCCCUGCUGAUUUUGUACGUUUGCCCACUGACAAAGAAAUGAUCAGUCUAUAAUUUUAAUGGUAGAUUUAUUUGAACAGUGAGAGACAGAAUAACAAAACAAAAAUCCAGAACAACGCAUGUCAAAAAUGUUAUGAAUUGAUUUGCAUUUUAAUGAGGGAAAUAAGUAUUUGAACCCUCUGCAAAACAUGACUUAGUAAUUGGUGGCAAAACCCUUGUUGGCAAUCACAGAGGUCAGACAUGUCUUGUAGUUUGCCACCAGGUUUGCACACAUCUCAGGAGGGAUUUUGUCCCACUCCUCUUUGCAGAUCUUCUCCAAGUCAUUAAGGUUUCAAGGCUGACGUUUGGCAACUCGAACCUUCAGCUCCCUCCACAGAUUUUCUAUGGGAUUAAGGUCUGGAGACUGGCUAGGCCACUCCAGGACCUUAAUGUGCUUCUUCUUGAGCCACUCCUUUGUUGCCUUGGCCGUGUGUUUUGGGUCAUUGUCAUGCUGGAAUACCCAUCCACGACCCAUUUUCAAUGCCCUGGCUGAGGGAAGGAGGUUCUCACCCAAGAUUUGACGAUACAUGGCCCCGUCCAUCGUCCCUUUGAUGCGGUGAAGUUGUCCUGUCCCCUUAGCAGAAAAACACCCCCAAAGUAUAAUGUUUCCACCUCCAUGUUUGACGGUGGGGAUGGUGUUCUUGGGGUCAUAGGCAGCAUUCCUCCUCCUUCAAACACGGCGAGUUGAGUUGAUGCCAAAUAGCUCAAUUUUGGUCUCAUCUGACCACAACACUUUCACCCAGUUCUCCUCUGAAUCAUUCAGAUGUUCAUUGGCAAACUUCAGACGGGCCUGUAUAUGUGCUUUCUUGAGCAGGGGGACCUUGCAGGCGCUGCAGGAUUUCAGUCCUUCACGGCGUAGUGUGUUACCAAUUGUUUUCUUGGUGACUAUGGUCCCAGCUGCCUUGAGAUCAUUGACAAGAUCCUCCCGUUAAAAUUAUAGACUGAUCAUUUCUUUGUCAGUGGGCAAACGUACAAAAUCAGCAGGGGAUCAAAUACUUUUUUCCCUCACUGUACAUACAUACAUAUGUGGUCAAAUAUAUUGGAACCAUUGUAUGAAUCAUUAUCUCUUCUAAAAUAACUUGAAAUUGAAAAAACAUUAGGUGUUAACGCGUGUAUUUGUUUGAUUUACAACUGCACAGGACCCCCCAAAAUUUUUUUGGCAGAAAUUUCGAUUUUUCACUUCAAAGUCAAAAAUGGACUGGACUAAAUUAUUCCAAAUUGUGGGGUGCGUGUGUGUAUAGGAUCAUUCAGCAGAAGGUUGGGAGUUCAGUUCAGGGUUGGGUGAUGGUCUACCAUCUUCACUGUUUUAAUGAACCUCCCAUACCCUAUUUAGAACUCAGACUCACUACAGAGACCUACACACAGACUGAUGAACAGACCCAUUGACACACCGCAGCGACAACUAACCUGUCUUCACACAGACAACCAGUGGUACUGGUUCUUUGAAUGUACAACUGAGGUUAAAGUCAUAGGUUGGCUUGUCAUCAGUGGCCAGUUUAUUAGGUACAUCUAGUACUGGGUCGGACCCCCCUUUGCCUCCAGAACAGCCUGAAUUCUUCGGGCAUGGAUUCUACAAGGUGUGGUGUUCAAACGUUGCUCAAUUGGUAUCAGUGGACCUAACGUGUGCCAGGAAAACAUUUCCCACACCAUCACACCACCGCCACCAGCCUGUACCGUUGACACCUGGCAGGAUGGGUCCAUGGACUCAUGCUGCUUAUGCCAAAUCCUGACUCUGCCAUCAGCAUGACACAACAGGAACUGGGAUUUGUCGGACCAGCCGAUGUUUAUCCACUCCUCAAUUGUCCAGUGUUGGUGAUCCUGUGCCCGCUUGAGUAGCUUCUUCUUGUUUUUAGCUGAUAGGAGUGGAACCCGGUGUGGUCGUCUGCUGCAAUAGCCCAUCUGUGACAAGGACCAAUGAGUUGUGCAUUCCGAGAUGCCGUUCUGCACACCACUGUUGUACUGCGCCGUUAUUUGUCUGUUUGUGGGCCGCCUGUUAGCUUCCAUGAUUCUUGCCAUUCUCCUUUGACCUCUCCUCAACGAGCUGUUUUCGGCCACAGGACUGUUCCUGUUCCAGGCCGCUGACUGGAUGUUUUUAGUUUUUUGCACCAUUCUCGGUAAACACUAGACACUGUUGUGCGUGAAAAGCCCAGGAGCCGUUUCUGAGAUACUGGAACCGGUGCUCCUGACGAUCAUACCACGUUCAAAGUUGCUUAGGUCACUCGUUCUGCCCAUUGUAACAUUCAAUGGAACAGUAACUGAAUGCCUCGAUGCCUGUCUGCCUGCUUUAUAUAGCAAGCCACGGCCACGUGACUCACUGUCUGUAGGAGCGAACCAUUUUCGUGAACGGGGUGGUGUACUUAAUAAACUGGCAGCGGAGUGUAUAAAUAUCUUAAUGGUGAACAAGAUAUUCUCACUGCUUUAGUACUGUCCGUCUUUUUUCAUACAGGUCAGAUAACUCCUGUGCUACAGCACCCAAAGACUCGUUUACAAUUAACGACAUAUCCUCUCUUCUCUUUCUCCAGGUGUUCAGUGGGAAGCGGACGGACAGUGGGGACUUCCAGCAGGCGGCCCCCACCUCCUCCUUCCGCAAGCUGUCCCCCACGCUGCCCCCCCAGACCCUGUCCCAGCCCCCCCAGCAGCAGGCACUCACCUGUCUGAUCAGUGAGAAGGAACUGGCCCUCUUCGAGAAGCUGGGCGACGGCUCCUUUGGCGUGGUCAAAAGGGGCGAGUGGUUCACGCCCGCCGGGAAAGUGGUGAGAGGGAUUGGGGGGUGAGAGGGUGUGGGUUCUGUGUGUCUUUCUGUCUCUGUCUCUGUCUCUGUCUCUGUCUCUGUGUGUGUGUGUGUGUGUGUGUGUGUGUGUGUGUGUGUGUGUGUGUGUGUGUGUGUGUGUGUGUGUGUGAGAGAGAGAGGCAGGUGGUGGGAUAGGUUUUGGUCUAAAUCUUACCCCCUAUAGGUCCCCGUUUAGAAAACAGGGUCCCAUCUAGACACAUCUAAUUCAGAUGAUCAAUAAUCGUUAUCAGGGAAGAGAGAAUACCGGCCCCCCAAAAAAUGAACGGCAAGUGUUUUUGGACCGUGGGUGAAACAGAGACACUGUAGGCCUAAUCAAUUAGAGAUGUUACUCUGGCCGCACAGACAGCACCUGUUUUUACACUUCAGUUGUUUCACCCAUGCUUCUGGAACGGUUGUGGUAAAGUAUCACAGUAAGGGGUCAGAAUAGAAAGAGGAAGUGGAAGAAGGGGAGGAGGAUAUACAAGUCCCUCAUGAUCACCCUGGGAAACAGUAUCAGUGGGUUCAAAUUUCAAACCAUGACAACAUGGGAAAAAUGACCAAAAACACCCUCCCUCCAACAUCUGUUUUGGUUGACCCCUUGACCCCUAUAGACUUGACCUUGAGGAAGAGAGUGAGUGAGGGAGUGAUGGAGAAAGAGAGAAUCUUGUCCAAACACUCUCCAGAAGUGACUGAGUGACCACACGCACACACACAAAGACACAGUACACACACACACAAACACACACACACACACACACACACAGUGACCACAACAUGGCCAGAUGGGACCAGUAAAGCCAGGUGCAGAGUCCCAACAGACAAAGGAAUAUGUGAAUAUGUGACACAAGGUUUACAGAGCCCAUAGAACAGGGCUGUUCAAAUCUUACCCUACGACAGGGAUGGGUAACUCCAGACCUCGGACCCCAGCCCCAGCGAACACACCUGACUCCAAUAAUCAACGAAUCAUGAUCUUCAGUUUAGAAUGCAAUUAGUUUAAAAUCAACUGUGUUUGCUAGGGAUGGGGGAAAAGUGUUACACCUCUCCGGCCCCUGAGGACUGGAGUUGCCCAUCCCUGUCCUACGAGGUCUGGAGCCUGCUGGUUUUCUGCACCCGCCUGGUGUCCCAGGUCUAAAUCAGUCCCUGAUUAGAGGGGAACAAUGAAAACAUGCAGUAGAACUGUCUUCAGGGUCCAGAGUUGAGUUUGAGGGCUAUAGAACAUCUAGUCCAGUGGCUGAGCGCAGAACAUCUAGUCCAGUGGCUGAGCGCAGAACAUCUAGUCCAGUGGCUGAGCGCCAAUCUAAAGGGAAUAAGGUCUAUUAACACUGAUCAGCCACAUAAUGCUAUAGUAAGAGCUCCAUUCCUGUCAUCUAUUAUCCUGCUGUAUCAUAUACCUCAUCAUUACAGCACCAUGCCGCUGUCCUUCGUAGCAUUUAGCUUAGCAAAUAGGGCCGGCCAGCUUGGCCAACAAACAAAAACCUUUAAAAAAAUUAAGUAUUGUUCAGGAAGCUCAAUCUGGGGUGUAUUCACUAGGAACCAAACGGAACCAAUCUGGGGUAUAUUCACUAGGAACCAAACGGAACCAAUCUGGGGUAUAUUCACUAGGAACCAAACGGAACCAAUCUGGGGUAUAUUCACUAGGAACCAAACGGAACCAAUCUGGGGUAUAUUCACUAGGAACCAAACGGAACCAAUCUGGGGUGUAUUCACUAGGAACCAAACAGAACCAAUCUGGGGUGUAUUCACUAGGAACCAAACAGAACCAAUCUGGGAGGAACCAAACAGAACCAAUCUGGGGUGUAUUCACUAGUGGGGGGGAUUCUGACCCGAGUUAAAUGGAAAGUAAUUCCCUUUUGAUGCACUUUUCUCUCUACACGUUUUUCUGAUCUUGAACUAAAGCAUGAUAAAUAGCAUUAUAAUCACCUGCUAUUCAUUUGGGGUGGAGAUCAAAGAAAUGAAGGUGUGGCGCCGUUUUCUGACCUUGACUUAAUUCGUUCUUAAUUCCACCAACUUUACGUGCGAUUAAAUGAUGAAUAAAGUCAAGCAACCUGGCAGUUUUAAGUGGAACAAAAUCUUUUUUUUCUCCAAUAGAAAUAAUACCUUUCUCCAUGCACUGUAAUUUACAAAUUGAUAAGAGCUAUUGAUAAGAGCUAGGUAAAUGAGUAAGCCGUUUGGAUAAGGGGAUUGUAAAUAUAAAUGACAAUUGAGUUAGAUCUAUUUUACCUUCUGAUCGCUGGUGACAAAUGUGAAACCAGUCAUAUGGCAGCAAACUGAAGCAUAUCAACAUAUCACCUUUAUGUUUAUGAAACCUUAUAACCUGCAGGGAUGACAUUUGGAGACCCAAGCUAUAGGCUUCUGUAGCCAUGCGCAAAUGACAGAAUAUAUCGCCAAACCUACCGAGUUGAUUUAUGAUUUCUAGAAUGUUUUAAUUAUAUGCCCAGACUUUUUACCAUUUGUAUCGUGUUAAAUAUUAGCCACUAUAGGUAGACACCUUCAGUUAUACCCCACAUACAUUUACAACUGCCACUUUAGUGUUAGUUUCAUUACAUUUAGCAUCAUUCCAUUCCAUUCCAUUAUGAGUUUACCUUUCUUUCCUCUGUCACGUUUCUGUGGUUGUUCCUGAAUCCUGAGGAGCCCUAGCAAUAUUGGAUCAUGUUAGGCUAACAUAUUACAAGUUGUAGCCUAUUUCAAUCAUGAUGGAACGCAGACCAUGUGUAGCAGUUUAAACAUGGAUCCUUGCACACGGUUCACAACGACUGGACCGUUGUCAUUCGGUUCCAUGUUUAGUGAGAAUUAGGGUAGAUUUAUAGGAUUAUUGUUCAACCCCUAUUGUACACUUUUUCCCACCUUUUAAUAUUUCAUGUAUUGAACUUGAAUAUGGCAACUUUCAGGAUGAAUCAAACCACUGUAUUUUCUAUUCACCAAUAUAUUUUGUGCGUAAAGGCUCUCCAAACUUUUCUUUUUAAAUUAUUGAUAAAUACUUUUCUAACCCUAAAUAAUCUACAAGAUCAGAGUAUUUUGGGAUCUACCAAUUGGUGCUGAAAAUGAGACGAAUAUGCGUGUAUUUACAUGGCUUUCUUUCAUUGAGCAGUAAUUUUCUGAACCGUUCUCUCCAUAUAUUUUAGUGGGUCUGUCGAGAAAAUUGGAACGAAGGGUACACCAAAUUUAAAGGGAUGGGUUUAGAUAAAUGUGCUGAAAACCCUAUUGAAUGAAAACUCUGAAAAUCUGUUGGCCAGCAAGUGGGAGUGUUUUCAGCGGUUGAAUAAAAUGUAUUCAGCGCGCCAAGGCAACCACGCCUGUAAAGCCCGUUACGCUCCUGCAUAAGGUAAGCCUGAAUACCAACUACUGAGAAGUGCGUAGGAAAUGCGUUUCCUAAGUCUGAGUCGGGCCCCAUGAACAAAACAGAACCAAUCUGGGGUGUGUUCACUAGGAACCAAACAGAACCAAUCUGGGGUGUGUUCACUAGGAACCAAGCAGAAGCAAACGGAAGCAAACGGUUGCAUGAAUACACCCCUGGUGCUCUAUUGUCUCCGAGUUUUAGAUUGUUCCACGGCCACCACACUGUUAGUAAGCGCAACUGUAGUCACUCAAAGUAAACAUUUGCUAGCUAACCAUCAAUCGUUUUCACUAUGGAUUUAGCAUUAUGCUAACCCAUCCCAUCCCCCUCUCCAUCUCUCUCCUCUCCCUACCCCCUUCUCCUCUCCAGUUGGAGGUAGCAGUCAAGUGUCUGAAGACAGACAUGCUGAGGCAGCCGGACGCACUGGACGACUUCAUCUGCGAGGUGAACGCCAUGCACUCCCUGGACCACCAGAACCUCAUCAGGCUGUACGGGGUGGUGCUCACACACCCCAUGAAGAUGGUACGGACACACACAUCUGCAUACGUAUAUGCCACAGGAGGCUGCUGAGGGGAGGACGGCUCAUAAUAACGGCUAGAAUGGAGUAAAUGGAAUGGCAUCAAACACAUAGAAACCAUGGAAACCACAUGUUCCAUGUAUUUGAUACCAUUCCACCUAUUCUGCUCCUGACAUUACCAUGAGCCCAUCCUCCCCAAAUUAAGGUUCCUCCAACCUCCUGUGGUGCAUACAUACACACACACACACACACACACACACACACACACACACACACACACACACACACACACACACACACACACACACACACACACACACACUCUUUUGCACUUUGUACUUGUUUUUUCUUUCUAGCACACACACACACGCAUGCACACAGAGAGAUAAGUAAACACACUGCUCAGACUGCUUCCUGUCAAGACUGCUUCCUGUCAAGACUGCUUCCUGUCCCCAUUUAAAUCAUGUCAGAGUCAGAAAUCUCAAGGCCGGGAGGAGGAGAGGAGUGAUUGAUCGAGACAGAUGACUAAAAUGAAAGCUGACCUUUCCUCCCUGUUCUAUUCAUCUGCGCCAUAUUAUCCCCCAGGUGACUGAACUAGCCCCGCUGGGCUCCCUCCUGGAGCGUCUGCGCUGCGUUCAGCCGCAGGAGCCCGUCCUCAUCCACACGCUGUGCCAGUACGCCAUGCAGGUGGCGUGCGGCAUGGCCUACCUGGAGCAGCGGUGCUUCAUCCAUUGCGACCUGGCCGCCCGCAACAUCCUGCUGGCGUCGGACAAGAGGGUGAAGAUCGGCGACUUCGGCCUGAUGCGAUCGCUGCCCGACAACCACGAGCACUACGUGAUGCAGGAGCACCGCAAGGUUCCGUUUGCCUGGUGAGGUGACAGGAGGAGAGGGGUUGGGUGAGGGGGACAGGGGAAGGUGGUUGGUGAGAGGGGUUGGGUGAGGGGGACAGGGGAGGUGUUUGGUGAGAGGGGUUGGGUGAGGGGGAAAGGGGAAGGUGGUUGGUGAGAGGGGUUGGGUGAGGGGGACAGGGACGGGGAAGGUGGUUGGUGAGAGGGGUUGGGUGAGGGGGACAGGGGAAGGUGGUUGGUGAGAGGGGUUGGGUUAGGGGGACAGGGACAGGGAAGGUGGUUGGUGAGAGGGGUUGGGUGAGGGGGACAGGGACGGGGAAGGUGGUUGGUGAGAGGGGUUGGGUGAGGGGGGAAAGGGGAAGGUGGUUGGUGAGAGGGGUUGGGUGAGGGGGACAGGGACAGGGAAGGUGGUUGGUGAGAGGGGUUGGGUGAGGGGGACAGGGACGGGGAAGGUGGUUAGUGAGAGGGGUUGGGUGAGGGGGACAGGGACGGGGAAGGUGGUUGGUGAGAGGGGUUGGGUGAGGGGGACAGGGACGGGGAAGGUAGUUGGUGAGAGGAAUUGGGUGAGGGGGACAGGGGAAGGUGGUUGGUGAGAGGGGUUGGGUGAGGGGGAAAGGGGAAGGUGGUUGGUGAGAGGGGUUGGGUGAGGGGGACAGGGACGGGGAAGGUGGUUGGUGAGAGGGGUUGGGUGAGGGGGACAGGGGAAGGUGGUUGGUGAGAGGGGUUGGGUGAGGGGGACAGGGAAGGUGGUUGGUGGUUGGUGAGAGGGGUUGGGUGAAGGGGACAGGGACGGGGAAGGUGUUUGGUGAGAGGGGUUGGGUGAGGGGGACAGGGAAGGUGGUUGGUGGUUGGUGAGAGGGGUUGGGUGAAGGGGAAAGGGACGGGGAAGGUGGUUGGUGAGAGGGGUUGGGUGAGGGGGACAGGGGAAGGUGGUUGGUGAGAGGGGUUGGUUUAGGGGGACAGUGACAGGGACGGGGAAGGUGUUUGGUGAGAGGAAUUGGGUGAGGGGGACAGGGGAAGGUGGUUGGUGAGAGGGGUUGGGUGAGGGGGACAGGGGAAGGUGGUUGGUGGGGGGUGAGUGGGAGGGUGUUGUGUUUUUGUAUGUGUCGUUGUGAUCAGGGGCCACAUUCAGUAAGCAAAUGUCUGACGUUGCAGAUAGAAAUGUCAUGAAUAGAGCAGACAUGAUUAUGUUAUUCGACAUGUCUACAUUUUUAUCUGAACAUUCCACAACAUUGUGCCCCUGAUGUGCCCCUGAUGUGCCCCUCCCUGCAUGCCAUAUUGUGUGUGUUUUUGAUCCAGUAGUCUAACGUGUGUCUGUCCUCCCCCUCCAGGUGUGCCCCUGAGAGCCUGAAGACGCGGAUAUUCUCCCACGCCACAGACACCUGGAUGUUCGGGGUGACGCUGUGGGAGAUGUAUACCCACGGACAGGAGCCCUGGCUGGGCCUCAACGGCAGCCAGGUACACACACACACGAACACACACACACACACACACGAACGAACACACACACACGAACACACACACACACACACACACACACGAACGAACACACACACACGAACACACACACACGAACACAUACAAACACACACACGCACGAACACACACGAACACACACGAACACACACACACAUGAGCACACACACACACACACGAACACAUACAAACACACACACACAUGAACACACACGAACACACACGAACACACACACAUGAGCACACACACACGAACACAUACAAACACACACACACACGAACACACACGAACACACACACACACACACACACACGAACACAUACAAACACACACGAACACACACACACACGAACACACACACACACAGCAAACACGAGCAGAUGUGUGUAGAAGUAUUUGGCUCCUUUGCACGUCAGCUUUCAUCGUGGGUUUAAUUUCAGUAUUUCAAUCUGUGUUUCAGAUCCUACACAGGAUGGACAAGGAGGGUGAGCGUCUGCCCAAGCCAGAGGACUGUCCCCAGGACAUCUACAGCGUCAUGCUGCAGUGCUGGGCCCAGAAAGCUGACCACAGGCCCACCUUCGUCGCCCUCAGGGAAUUCCUGCUCGAGGUACACCCCCCUGUGGACGUGUUUAACUGUUCUGGUGGGGUCCAGAAGUCCCCGCAAGAACAGUAAAUGAACAAAAAUUUGACCAACUGGGGGACAUUUUGUUAGUCCCCACAAGGUCAAAUGCUAUUUCUAAGGGGUUUUAGGGUUAAGGUUAGAAUUAUGUUAAGGGUUAGGGUUAGGAGCUAAGGUUUAGGGUUAGGGUUAAGGUUAGGUUUUUGGGUUAAUGUUAGGGUUAGGACUAGGAUUAGGGUUAGGGAAAAUAGGAUUUUGAAUGGGACUGAAUUGUGUGUCCCCACAAGGUUAGCUGUACAAGACUGUGUGUGUGUGGGGGGUGUCUGUGUGUAUACAUCAGAAUUUACAUUUACAUUUUAGUCAUUUAGCAGACGCUCUUAUCCAGAGCGACUUACAGUUAGAUUUGCAUUUACAUUUGCAUUCUGUGUAUGAUUCCAUGUGUGAUUCCUUGUGUGAUUCCAUGUGUGUAUUUGCAUGUCUGAGUAUAUUUUGAAUGUGUAUGUUCAAGGUUGUAUACAUGACCUUCAUGAGCGACGACUGUUACGUUCUGACGUCAAGUUUAGUGGAUCAAUUUGCUUACAAACUGACAUGUCAGUACUGAAUACUUAACCUGUAUACACAAUUUGUAUAAAAUGUAAUUUAAUUUGAAUUAUUUAUUAUUUAUUUGCAUUAUUAAAUGACAAGAUUAAGUCUGAUUUUGGGAGCCCUUAAUGUGUUAAAUGGAGCUAUAGCCCCACCUAGUGAAACUUCUACGGUACUGAAUGGUGAUGGGCACUGUAUGGUCAGGGGCACACUGUAUGGUCAGGGGCACACUGUAUGGUUAGGGGCACACUGUAUGGUCAGGGGCACACUGUAUGGUUAGGGGCACACUGUAUGGUCAGGGGCACACUGAAUGGUCAGGGGCACACUGUAUGGUUAGGGGCACACUGUAUGGUCAGGGGCACACUGUAUGGUCAGGGGCACACUGUGUGGUCAGGGGCACACUGAGUGGUCAGGGGCACACUGUAUGGUUAGGGGCACACUGUAUGGUUAGGGGCACACUGUAUGGUCAGGGGCACACUGAAUGGUCAGGGGCACACUGUAUGGUUAGGGGCACACUGAAUGGUCAGGGGCACACUGUAUGGUUAGGGGCACACUGUAUGGUCAGGGGCACACUAUAUGGUCAGGGGCACACAGUAUGGUCAGGGGCACACUGUAUGGUUAGGGGCACACUGUGUGGUCAGGGGCACACUGUAUGGUUAGGGGCACACUGUAUGGUUAGGGGCACACUGUAUGGUUAGGGGCACACUGUGUGGUCAGGGGCACACUGUAUGGUCAGGGGCACACUGUAUGGUCAGGGGCACACUGUAUGGUCUGGGGCACACUGUAUGGUUAGGGGCACACUGUAUGGUCAGGGGCACACUGUAUGGUCAGGGGCACACUGUGUGGUUAGGGGCAUAUUAUGGCCUCACCAACUGAGGAAUCCUAACUUGAUGAACUCACAAUUUGAUUUCAAUGUAGGUUUUGGGCUGAAAUGACUACAUUCGGAUACCUUGUUGGGGUGCAGUGUGUGUUUAAUGUGUAUGUCUCCGCUCCAGACCAUGCCAACAGACAUGUGCGCGCUGCAGGACUUUGAAGAGGCUGACAAGCUUCAGAUUCAGGUCAACGACGUCAUCACCAUCAUCGAGGGCAGGUGUGUGUGUGAUCAACUAAUGAACUGUAAAUCAAUAUUCUGUCGUCAUUGGGUUUUUCUAUGUAUGUUUUGUGUCUGUGCAUGUAUUGUCAGAGUGUAUCUGUGUUCAUGGGUAUAUGUGUGUGAAUCUGCACGUGUGUUUGUGUGUGUGUGUGUGUGUGUGUGUGUGUGUGUGUGUGUAGGCUAUGCGUGUGUAUCUGCACCCACAUGUGUAUGUACCUGCCUGUGUAUGUGUUAUGUCCUUAUAUACCUGUAUAUGUUAUGUCCUUAUAUACCUGUAUAUGUUAUGUCCUUAUAUACCUGUAUAUGUUAUGUCCUUAUAUACCUGUAUAUGUUAUGUCCUUAUAUACCUGUAUAUGUUAUGUCCUUAUAUACCUGUAUAUGUUAUGUCCUUAUAUACCUGUAUAUGUUAUGUCCUUAUAUACCUGUAUAUGUUAUGUCUUUAUAUACCUGUAUAUGUUAUGUCCUUAUAUACCUGUAUAUGUUAUGUCUUUAUAUACCUGUAUAUGUUAUGUCCUUAUAUACCUGUAUAUGUUAUGUCCUUAUAUACCUGUAUAUGUUAUGUCCUUAUAUACCUGUGUUACGUGCGUGUGCUUGUGUUUCUGCAGUGCAUCCAUUUGUGUGUCUGUUCUGUCUGUCUGUCUGUCUGUCUGUCUGUCUGUCUGUCUGUCUGUCUGUCUGUCUGUCUGUCUGUCUGUCUGUCUGUCUGUCUGUCUGUCUGUCUGUCUGUCUGUCCUGUCCUGUCCUGUCCUGUCCUGUCUGUCUGUACUGUAUCUGUGUGUUUUCUCACAUUCACCUGUACGUCGACCUACAACCCUCUUUCUCAGAGCGGAGAACUACUUGUGGUGGGGCCAAAACAAGCGCACGCUGAAGGUGGGCCAGUUCCCCAGGAACGUGGUGACCUCGGAGGCGGGCCUGUCGGCCCACGACAUCAGCAGACCCCUUAAACACAGCUUCAUCCACACUGGCCACGGAGACUCCGACCCACACCGCUGCUGGGGCUUCCCAGACCGCAUUGACGAGUAAGUCAUGUCCUCAUAACUAACCCUAACCUUAAAUCAUCUACGAGUAAGUCAUGUCCUCAUUAACUAACCCUAACCUUAAAUCAUCUAUGAGUAAGUCAUGUCCUCAUUAACUAACCCUAACCUUAAAUCAUCUAUGAGUAAGUCAUGUCCUCAUUAACUAACCCUAACCUUAAAUCAUCAAUGAGUAAGUCAUGUCCUCAUAAGUAACCCGGACCACAUUAACGAUUAAAGACAUGUCCUCAUACUUCCUCCAUCUACCUGUCCCAUCCUUGUAAAAUCUGAUCAAAUUUGAUCAAAUCUAUAAAAUUGUGACACUUGCAGUUGAGCGAGUGUAUACGUUUUUUAGUAAAGGGAAUCGAACCCACAAACUGGGCAUUGCAAGUUCUAUGAUCUAAACAACUGAGCCACACAGGAGUCAAGGUUGCCAAUAAAUACAGUAUCUUCAGUGAGUCUAGGUUGCCAUUGGUUUUCUGACCACUAGAGUGCAGUAGAGUAUCGUUCAUCUUACUGUUUAGUCAGCUGACGCGUAGUUGAAAUGACCACAUCAGGCAGACCAGGGGUGCCUUAAGCAGGAUGCAAGGUUUUGGAACAAUCAAAUAGAAAUAUGCUAUGUAGAACAAACAUUGCACUCUGACCUGUAUUGGUAUUUCUAUCUGCAACAUUCGAUAACGUUUGGCAAUUGAAUGUGGCCCAGGGUUGGAUAAACAGAUGUGAAACCUGGGGCGAGCCACUGUACACCUGAUUUAUGGCUAGCCCUUGGUAAAGAACCUCUUGGUAUGGAAAGUCAAUAAAUUCCCCCUCUCUCUCUGUCAUGCUUGCUGUCUCUCUGUCUCUCUCUCUGUCUCUGUCUCUGUCUCUGUCUCUGUCUCUGUCUCUGUCUCUGUCUCUCUCUCUCUCUCUCUCUCUCCUCCUCUCUCUCUCUCUCUCUCUCUAGUCUGUACUUAGGAAACCCCAUGGACCCACCAGAUGUCUUGGGGUUGGACCUCAAUGCUGCCCGGCCCACUCAGCUACCGGGACGAGCAAAAAGUGAGUGGCCGGUUGCUAAACAACCUACUGCCCCUGUCCCAUAACACUAUUAUAUUGGACAACUAUUGUCAGUGACUCGAGGAAGUAUGUUUUUCUUGGUGGUUGAUGUUUCUCUUGGUGGUUGAUGUUUCUCUACGUGGUUGAUGUUUUUCUUGGUGGUUGAUCUUUCUUGGUUGAUCUCCGUCUUAUUCUGGCUUUUCUGAACUUGACUGUUGACACAAUGUGUCCAAUCUGACUUGUACUCUUGCCUUUUAGCUUUUUAUUCAUUUGUCUGUCCUCCUUUUUCUCUUUCUCUCUCUUUCCCUUUCACAUGCUUUUUCUCUCUCUCCCUCUUUCUUUCUUUCUUUCUUUCUUUCUUUUCUUUUCUUUGUCGUUACUUUCUUUAUCGUUCUUUUCUUUCUUUCUUUCUUUGCUUUCUUUCUAUCUUCUCGUUCUUUCUUUCUUUCCUUUCUUUUCUUUCUUUUCUUUCUUUCUUUCUUUCUUUCUUUCUUUCUUUCUUUCUUUUCUUUCUUUUCUUUCUUUUCUUUUCUUUCUUUCUUUUCUUCUUAUUUUCUUUCUUUUCUUUCUUUAUCCUGUUCUUUCUUUCUCCUCUUUCUUUGCUUCUUCUCACUCUCCUCCCUUGCUCCCUCUUCCCCUAUCUCUCCUUCUCUCUCUGGUGGAGCCCCUACCCUGCCCCGCCCCGCCCAGCCAGCAGUGUUUGUCAAGAGUAAGUCUGGUCUCUCCCCCCAGCCAGUCUGGUCUCUCCCCCCAGUCAGUCAGUCUGGUCUCCCCCCAGUCAGUAAUUCUGGUCUCUCCGCCCAGUCAGUCAGUCUGGUCUCUCCCCAGUCAGCCAGUCUGGUCUCUCCCCCCAGCAGUCCGUCUGUCUCCCCCCAGUCAGUAAUUCUGGUCUCUCCGCCCAGUCGUCAGUCGGUCUCUCCCAGGCAGCCAGUCUGGUCUCUCUCCCCAGCCGUAAUUCUGGUCUCUCCCCCAGCCCUCCCUGGUCUCUCCCCCCAGCCAGUCUGGUCUCUCCCCCCAGCCAGUCUGGUCUCUCUCCUCCCCAGCAAGUAGUCUGGUCCUCCUUCCCCCCCAUUCGGUAUCUGGGGUCUCCGCCCCCCAGUCAGCCGUCUUGGUCUCUCCCCCCAGUCAGCCAGUCCUGGUCUCUCCCCCCAUACAGCUCAGUCUGGUCUCCCCCCCAGCCAUUCUGGUCUCUCCCCCAGCCCUGGUCUCUCCCCCCAGCCAGUCCCUGGUCUCUCUCCCCAGUCAGUAAGUCUGGUCUCUCCCCCAAUCAGUCAGUCUGGUCCCUCUCCCCCAGUCAGUAAUUCUGGUCUCUUCCCCCCAUCCAGUCAUCUGGCUCUCCCCCAGUCAGUAAUUCUGGUUCUUCUCCGCCCCAGUCAGUCGUCCCUGGUCCUCCUCCCCCCCAGUCAGUAAUUCUGGUCUCGUCCCAUCAUCUGGUCUCCCCCCGUCAUUAAUUUCUGGUCUCUCCCCCCAGUCAGCCAGUCUGGUCUCUCCCCCCAGUCAGUAAUUCUGGUCUCUCCCCCCAGCCAGUCUGGUCUCUCCCCCAGCCAGUCCUGGUCCCGCUCCCCCCCCCCCCCAGUCAGAGUCUGGUCUCCCCUCCCCCAGCCAGUCUGGUCUCUCCCCAUUCAGUCAGUCUGGUCUCCUUUCCCCCCCUUCAAGUAAGUCUGGUCCUCGUCCCCCCAGUCAGUCAGUCCUGUCUCUCCCCCCAGUCAGUCAUCUGGUCUCCCUCCACCCAGUCCAGCCCAGUCUGGUUCUCUCCCCCCGUCAGUACGUUCUGGUCUCUCCCCCCAGUCAGCCAGUCUGGUCUCUCCCCAGUCAGUAAGUCUGGUCUCUCCCCCCAGUCACCAGUCCUGGUCGCAGCCCACCCCCCCAGUCAGUCUGGUCUCUCCCCCCAGUCAGCCAGUCUGGUCUCUCCCCCCAGUCAGCCAGUCUGGUCUUUCCCCCAGUCAGUCCGUCUGGUCUCUCUCCCCAGCCGCCAGUCUGGUCUCUCCCCCCAGUCAGUAAGUCUGGUCUCUCCCCUCUCCCCCCAGUCCAGCCAGUCUGGUCUCUUCUCCCCAGUCCGCCAGUCUGGUCUCUCCCCCCAUCAGCCAGUCUGGUCCGCCCCCAGCCAGUAAGUCUGGUCUCUCCCCCCAGUCAGUAAGUCGGUCUCAAUCCCCCCAGCCAGUCCUGGUCCUCCCCCAAGUCAGUCAGUCUGGUCUCUCCCCCCCAUUCCGUAAGUCUGGGUCUCUCCCCCCAGUCCAGUAAUCCUGGGUCUCUCCCGCUUUCCCCAGUCGUCUGUCGCUGCCCCCCAGCCAGUCUGGUCUCUCCCCCCAGUCAGUCAGUCUGGUCUCGUCCCCCUCAGUCUGGUCGCUCCCCCCAGCCAGUCUGGUCCUCUCCCCCCGUCCAGUAGUCCUGGUCUCUCUCCCAGUCAGUAGUCUGGUCUCUCCCCCCAGUCGUAAGUCUCUAGUCUCAUUCUCCCCCCGUCGUAAGUCUCUCCCCCCGUCAGUCUUGUCUCCCCCCCCGCCAGUCUGGUCUCUCCCCCCCGUCAGUCGGUCCCUCCUCCCCCCCGUCGCCAGUCUGGUCUCUCCCCCCAGGUCAGUCGAGUCUGGGUCUCUUCUCCCCCCAGUCAGUCAGUCUGGGUCUCCUCUUCCCCAUGUCAGUCAGUCUGUUCUCUCCCCCCAGUCCAGUAUUCUGGUCUCUCCCCCCAGUCAGUACGUCGGGUCUCUCCCCCCAAGGGGGUUUCAGCCAGUCUGGUUCUCCCCUAUCCCCCCGUCAGUCAGUCUGGUCUCUCCCCCCAGUCCAGCAGUCUGUGUCCUCCCCCCAGUCAGUAAUUCUUGUCCUCUCCCCAGUCAGUAAAUUCUGGGUCUCAUCUCCACUCCCAGCCAGCUUUGUCCUCUCUCCCCAGCCAGUAAGUCGGUCUCUCCCCCAGCCGUAGUCUUGUCUCUUCCUCCCCCAGCCAGUCCUGGUCUCUCUCUCCUCUCUCCCCAGCCAUUAAGGCUGGUCUCUCCCCCCAGUCGUCCGUCUGUUCUCUCCCCCCAUCCAGUCUGGUCUCUCCCCCCCAGUCAUAGUCCCUGGUCUCUCCCCCCAGUCAGCCAGUCUGGUCUCUCCCCCCAGUCAGUCAGUCUGGUCUCUCCCCCCAGCCAUUCUGGUUCUCUCCCCCCAGUCAGCCAGUCCUGGUCUCUCCUCCCCAGUCAUCAGUCCUGGUCUCUCUCCCCCCAGUCAUCAGUCUGGUCUCUCCCCCCAGUCAGUACGUCGGGUCUCUCUUUUCUUCUCCCCCCAGCCAGUCUGGUCUCUAAACCCCCAGUCAUUAAGUCUGGUCUCUCCCCCCAUCAGAGUCUGGGGUCUCUCCCCCAUCAUAAGUCUGUCUCUUCCCCCUCGCCCGUCUGGUCUCCUCCCCCAGCCGUCUGGUCUCCUCCCCCAUUCAGUCCAGUCGGUCUCUCCCCCAGUCAGUGAAGUCGGUCCUCUCCCCCAGUCAGUAAUUCUGGUCUCUCCCCCCCAAAAAAAGGUCAGUAAGUCCUUGUCUCUCCCCCAGUCAGUCAGUCUGGUCUCUCCCCCCAAUCAGUCAGUCUGGUCUCCCCCCCCCAGCCAGCUGGUCUCUCCCCCAGCUCCCCAUUGCUCCCCCUCAUCUUCUGUUCUCUCCUACUCAUCCUCUCCUCUUAUAUCUGUUCUCCUCCCUUUCCUUCUAAUCUGUCCUCCUCAAAAGGUACACACACCUGUUCAAUCUCUCCUCUCCCUCUCUCUCUCUCCCCCCUCUCCUCUCCCCUCCUCCUCUCCGUCUCUCUCUCCUCCCUCCCCCCUCUCCCUUCCUCCUCUCCUCUCCUCUCCUCUCCCUCAUUUCCUCCUCUUCCUCCCCUCCCCCUCAUCCUAUCCUCUCUCUUCUUCUCUCUAUCCUCUCCUCAAGCUCUCCUGGCUACACUCCCCUAAACUAGCCAGCCCUUACUCACCGAGCUGCGACUGUCAUCUCGCACGUACCCGCGUCUAUCCUCGUCCAUGCUCCAAUCAGCCCUCCUCCUUCAUCAGCGUCCCAGAACUCUCGCCAUCCGAGAGCGCCAAAUCGGACCAGGACCAAUCACCGCACGCUCUGCAGCGAGAGGAAACAGGGAUAGGAAACAAAAGGCGAAGAAGGACUAACAGAGGGGAUCGCUCAAACUAGCUGACUCCGUCGUCUCAUAGCCUCCUCUAUCAUCCCUCUGCCUCGUCCUCUCCUCUCCCUCCAUCCCCCUCUCUCCACAGCCCUCUCCCCCCGCUCUCCUCUCCACCUCUCUCCCUCCUCUCCUCUACUCUCCUGUCCCUCCUCUCCACCUCUCCUCUCCCAUCUCUCCCACUAACAGGGUUGCAGUCUGGGUUGCUGUGCAUUGAGUGGUUAACCCUAACCAGAGAGUUAAGAAUGAACGUAUGUGUGGCCUCAACUUGAACUAUUAUGUAGAAAUGUGUGUAUUGCAGCCUGGCUUAAAAUAUAAGUUAUUACGGUAGUUUUUAAUGUUUAUGAUUACGGUUGUUUUUAAUGUUUAUGAUUACAGUAGUUUUUAAUGUUUAUGAUUAUGGUUGUUUUUAAUGUUUAUGAUUACGGUCGUUUUUUAAUGUUUAUGAUUACGGUUGUUUUUAAUACUUAUGAUUCCAUCCUAAACAUCUUUAAAGAGCAAAUGUUCUCUGUAGUAUUGUGUUCGUUUCCAUUCAUGUACAAUGCAUGCAAUGCACACAAUGUAUUUAUAUUCACACAUUACAGGACACACUGAGGAAUAUUAUCUAUUCAUUACAGGGACAUUAUGUGCAUAAAUAAACCUUACAUCAAAGGCAGCCCUCAAGGUUGAGCACUCAAGGUAGACAGCUGGGGGCUUGGGGAUGGACUACAGUGCUACAUGAGUAAUGAGAGGUUACAGAGUUGAAGUAUAUAGUAAUGUUGCCAAAGUCGUUAGAUGCCAAUGUCGUUAAGUUGUGUGUGUUUGUCUGUUUGUUUGUCCAGAGCCAUGCUACGACUCAGUGACUGAGGACGAGGAGCUGUCUCUACGGAAAGCAGGCUCCAGCCUCAAGCUCAAACCAUCCGCCGCGGUCUCCGCCUCCAAACAGGACGAAUGGAAUACGGGUUCAGGCCACACCCCCAGCGAGGUGUCGCUCAUCGACUUUGAAGAGGAGUUUCCCCCGGCGACACCCUCCCCUUCCCCAGUGGUGGAGCUCCAGGUGCCCUCAUUGGCCAAGCUGGGCCUGGAGGCGGGGUCUAUUCUGGACCAGACUCCUCCUCAGAGCCCAUGGCGCUCGCUGCCCCGCCCCUUACACCCCACGCCAGUGGUGGACUGGGACGCCCGGCCCUUACCUCCACCUCCUGCGUACGAUGACGUGGCGCAGGACGAGGAGGACAUGGAAGUGAGCUCCAUCAACAGCCUGGAGCAGGAGCAGCAGCAGCAGGAUGGGAGGGGUGAGAAUCCCACGGAGGCCAUGCCGGCUGGGGAGGAGGGGAAACCCCUGGAGGACAACCUCUUCCUGCCCUCUCAGCAGGGCCAGGCCUACACAUCCUUCUCCCAAUCAGCAGAGAUCUUUCAGGUGCUCCAGCAGGAGUGCAUGAGGAGGCUCAAUGUGCCCACAGGAGGAGUUCCCCAGCCCCACUCUCCGUCACCGAGCUCAGGCCUCCAGUCCAUAGACGUACACCGCCAUAUCAUCCUGUCCUACUCCGAGGACAAGCCCCAGAUCCCUCCCCGCAUUCCCAUCCCGCCACGCCCCGUCAAACGGGGGGACUACGCCCGCUGGUCCGGCGAAUUCUCCCUGUCCCCGACUCCAGCUUCCGAGGAAGUCCAGGACCGGCCCCCUCAGAUCCCCCCGCGGAACCCCCUGUCCCAGCCAGGCUCGCGCACCCCCAGUCCCAUGGGGCUCCAGGUAGGCUCCCCCCAGCAGAGGACAAUGGUUUGCCACAGUGCCCCUUCUCCGGCCACAUACGGAUCUUACCUCUCCACGUCCCCUGGGAAGCUUAUGCCCACCACACACAGCUUUGCCUCGGACCCCAAAUACGCUGCACCCAAGGUCAUCCAAGCACAAGCCCAGGGUAAGGACCUGGCCAAGGGGCCCUGCAUUCUGCCCAUUGUCCACGAAGGCCGCAAAGUCAGCAACACUCACUACUACCUUCUGCCUGAGAGGCCGCCUUACCUGGACCGCUUCGACCGCUUCUUCAGGGAAGCAGAAAACGUGACGACUGGUGGCAGGGGUGGGAUCUGUGAGGAGAGGCGGCAGGCCAACACGGCCACUGUCAGGCCCAUGGUGGUGAACCAGCAGCAACAGAAAAAGGGAGGAGAUAUCAAGGCCAACUUCUCCUCCAACAACAACAGCAGCCUGGGCUGCCGGCUGGGCAUGAAGGCCUCCUUCAGCCUGCCCAGGGUCAGCUCAGAGGGGUCAGCCAGCAGGGCAGUGGGUGGAACCACAGCAGACCAGGUCAAGAAGGUGAGUAGUACCGAAAGCGGCAGUCAGAUUAGCUUUUUUAAAAUCCGUAAUCAGUUGAUGACUGGAAAGAACAUAGUCUAUUAGACAAAAACACAUAGGCCUAACAAAACAAAACAGAGGCAACAGAGGCAACCAUUACUGUUAUAUUACACCCAAAUAGAACUAAAGUAUGAGUGAUAAUGGCGCCGGAGGGGAAUGAGAAUGGCGCCGGAGGGGAAUGAGAAUGGCGCCGGAGGAGAAUGAGAAUGGCGCCGGAGGGGAAUGAGAACUGCGCCGGAGGGGAAUGAGAACUGCGCCGGAGGGGAUGGCUGCCGUUUUACGGGCUCCUAAUCAAUUGUGUGUUUUUUCGCGUUGUUUGUAACCUAUUUUGUACAUAAUGUUUCUGCCACCGUCUCUUAUGACCGAAAAGAGCUUCUGGAUAUCAGGACAGCGAUUACUCACCUCGAACUGGAUGAAGAUCUUUUCUUUAACGAGUCGGACCACUGUUGUGUCGUCGGCAAACUUAAUGAUGGUGUUGGAGUCGUGCCUGGCCAUGCAGUCAUGGGUGAACAGAGAGUACAGGAGGGGACUGAGCACGCACCCCUGAGGGGCCCCCGUGUUGAGGAUCAGUGUGGCAGAUGUGUUGUUACCUACCCUUACCACCUGGGGGCGGCCUGUCAGGAAGUCCAGGAUCCAGUUGCAGAGGGAGGUGUUUAGUCCCAGGAUCCUUAGCUUAGUGAUGAGCUUAGAGGGCACUAUGGUGUUGAAUGCUGAGCUGUAGUCAAUGAAUAGCAUUCUCACGUAGGUGUUCCUCUUGUCCAGGUGGGAAAGGGCAGUGUGGAGUGCGAUAGAGAUUGCAUCAUCUGUGGAUCUGUUGGGGCGGUAUGCAAAUUGGAGUGGGUCUAGGGUUUCUGGGAUUAUGCUGUUGAUGUGAGCCAUGACCAGUCUUUCAAAGCACUUCAUGGCUACAGACGUCAGUGCUACGGGUCGGUAGUCAUUUAGGCAGGUUAUCUUAGAGUUUUUGGGCACGGGGACUAUGGUGGUCUGCUUGAAACAUGUUGGUAUUACAGACUCAGUCAGGGACAUGUAGAAAAUGUCAGUGAAGACACUUGCCAGUUGGUCAGCACAUGCUCGGAGUACACGUCCUGGUAAUCCGUCUGGCCCUGCGGCCUUGUGAAUGUUGACCUGCUUAAAAGUCUUACUCACAUCGGCUACGGAGAGCGUGAUCACAUAGUCGUCCGGAGCAGCUGGUGCUCUCAUGCAUGCUUCAGUGUUGCUUGCCUCGAAGCGAGCAUAGAAGUGGUUUAGCUCGUCUGGUAGGCUUGUGUCACUGGGCAGCUCGCGGCUGUGCUUCCCUUUGUAGUCUGUAAUAGUUUUCAAGCCCUGCCACAUCCGACGAGCGUCAGAGCCAGUGUAGUAUGAUUCAAUCUUAGACCUGUAUUGACUCUUUGCCUGUUUGAUGGUUCAUCAUAAUAAAGAGACACGUGAUCGUAUAUAAAUGUAAGCUUGAAAUUAUUGUUUUAGUCAAAUAUUAUAUCUGUUUGGGCUUCUUGAUUUGCAAUCUACAAAUUAUUUGUAAUUAUGUUCCGGCCGCCCGACCAGCCGCUCAAGAAGAAUUCGGCCCGCAGCUGAAUGUAGUUGAUGAUCCCUGGAAUAGGGUGUCAUUUUGGACGCAGCCCCCAAUGUUUUGCUUUGGAGACAGUGUUUUCGUGUUUCAUGUGCCAUCAUUGAACUGGAGGGGGCAACAGAGGGCAAUUCCUGACCAGUCGUUCCAUAACACGAACUCCUGCUGAGGCACAGUUUGUCUGCUUACUGGUUUGUCUGCUUGCUUACUGACAUCUUCUCCUUGCUGGUGGAUUGAUUACUUCCUGACUAAAUAGAAAUUCAGUAUUUCAAGCUGUAACCAAAUUGCCUAUUGAUGUAUAACAACCAAAUUAAAUUUGUGCACCGAGAGCACUUGGGAAGAUGGAUGGACUGAGCAAGUGGUCUCGGAAAAGGUUCAAUAAGGAGUCUGCAUUAAAGCAGUCAGUCAGAAGUCAGUCAGUCACUCACUCAUUAAAGCACUCACUCACUCAUCAAAGCACUCACUCACUCGCUGCAUUUCAAUUCUCUACCCUUUUCAAAAAGUGUGCACUCAUUCACUCCUCCAUGCAUUGAAAAGUAUUGGAUUGGUGCAAGCAUGGGCUGCAGGGAGUUUCCACCAUAUUGCUCAGACCAGUCCAUUCCUUUUAAAUCCAUGAGGUGGAGUGUACGAGUGCACACUUUGGGAGAAGGGUAGAGAAUACGAUUGAAGCCACUCACUCACUCAAAAAGACUGACAGACACUCAAAACCAAAACUCAAAAUUUUCCACAAUAUAUUAGACUUGUAGAACAAACAUAAUGAACAUGCCACUUGCCUCUAAAGCAUUAGUGUCUGAGCAUAGUUUAAUCAUUAUUCAGAAAAAGUUUUGUGUAUGUGGUUUUGAUUGACAGCGGAGGACUGCCGAGCUGAUUGGUCAGUGUAGCAGCAGCAUUGACCUGAUUGGUUGAUUUUGUAGAGGACAGCAGAGCUGAUUGGUUAGUGUAGCAGCAGCGUUGACAUGAUUGGUUGUUUUGUGUGGUGUCCACAGGUGCAGGAGGCGGUACAUGGUGUGACAAUAGAGGAGUGUCAGACAGCCCUCCGGAACCACGACUGGGACGUGCAGAAAGCUGUGCACUACCUCAAGGUAGGGUCCCUUGGAGGAAUUACACUAUGACCUUGUCACACUACGGAGCCAAUCAGAGCUGUACUACAUUGGCCUGGUUAUACAUCCACCAUAGUUGCUGGAACCGUGCUGGAAAGGAUAAUGCAAUUACAACAUUUCUAAUCACAGCACUAUAUAAACUCUCAAUGAUUUAUAAACUCCCAAUGAUUUAUAAACUCCCAAUGAUUUAUAAACUCCCAAUGAUUUAUAAACUCCCAAUGAUCUAUAAACUCUCAAUGAUCUAUGAACUCCCAAUGAUCUAUGAACUCCCAAUGAUUUAUAAACCGAGCACGCCCCCAUUCUCAUCGACGGGGCUGUAGUGGAACAGGUUGAGAGCUUUAAGUUCCUUGGUGUCCACAUCACCAAAAAACUAACAUGGUCCAAGCACACCAAGACAGUCGUGAAGAGGGCACAACAAAACCUAUUCCCCCUAAGGAGACUGAAAAGAUUUGGCAUGGGUCCUCAGAUCUUCAAAAGGCUCUACAGCUGCACCAUCGAGAGCAUCCUGACUGGUUGCAUCACUGCCUGGUAUGGCAACUGCUCGGCCUCCGACCGCAAGGCACUACAGAGGGUAGUGCGUACGGCCCAGUACAUCACUGGGGCCAAGCUUCCUGCCAUCCAGGACCUCUAUACCAGGCGGUGUCAGAGGAAGGCCCUAAAAAUUGUCAAAGACUCCAGCCACCCUAGUCAUAGACUGUUCUCUCUGCUACUGCACGGCAGGCGGUACCGGAGCGCCAAGUCUAGGUCCAAGAGGCUUCUUAACAGCUUCUACCCCCAAGCCAGAAGACUCCUGAACAUCUAAUCAAAUGGCUACCCAGACUAUUUGCAUUGCCCCCCCAUUCCUCUUUUACGCUGCUGCUACUCUCUGUUUAUUAUCUAUGCAUAGUCACUUUAAUAACUAUACCUACAUGUACAUAUUACCCCAAUUACCUCAAUUAACUGGUGCCCCCGCACAUUGACUCGGUACCGGUAUCCCCUGUAUAUAGCCUCGCUAUUGUUAUUUUUACUGCUGCUCUUUAAUUAUUUGUUACUUUUAUUUCGUAUGAUUUUAUAUUGUAUUUUUCUGUGAUGUUUUUAGGUAUUCUUUCUUAAAACUGCAUUGUUGGUUAAGGGCUUGUAAGUAAGCAUUUCACUGUAAGGUCUACACCUGUUGUAUUCGGCACAUGUGACAAAUAACAUUUGAUUUGAUCUAUAGUCAUUGGCAGUAUAUAGACGUCAAAAGCCUACCAGACGAGCUAAACCACUUCUAUGCUCGCUUCGAGGCAAGCAACACUGAAGCAUGCAUGAGAGCACCAGCUGUUCCGGACGACUAUGUGAUCACGCUCUCCGUAGCCGAUGUGAGUAAGACUUUUAAGCAGGUCAACAUUCACAAGGCCGCAGGGCCAGACGGAUUACCAGGACGUGUACUCCGAGCAUGUGCUGACCAACUGGCAAGUGUCUUCACUGACAUUUUCAACAUGUCCCUGACUGAGUCUGUAAUACCAACAUGUUUCAAGCAGACCACCAUAGUCCCCGUGCCCAAGAACUCUAAGAUAACCUGCCUAAAUGACUACCGACCCGUAGCACUGACGUCUGUAGCCAUGAAGUGCUUUGAAAGACUGGUCAUUGCUCACAUCAACAGCAUAAUCCCAGAAACCAUAGACCCACUCCAAUUUGCAUACCGCCCCCAACAGAUCCACAGAUGAUGCAAUCUCUAUCGCACUCCACACUGCCCUUUCCCACCUGGACAAGAGGAACACCUACGUGAGAAUGCUAUUCAUUGACUACAGCUCAGCAUUCAACACCAUAGUGCCCUCUAAGCUCAUCACUAAGCUAAGGAUCCUGGGACUAAACACCUCCCUCUGCAACUGGAUCCUGGACUUCCUGACGGGCCGCCCCCAGGUGGUAAGGGUAGGUAACAACACAUCUGCCACACUGAUCCUCAACACGGGGGCCCCUCAGGGGUGCGUGCUCAGUCCCCUCCUGUACUCUCUGUUCACCCAUGACUGCAUGGCCAGGCACGACUCCAACACCAUCAUUAAGUUUGCCGACGACACAACAGUGGUAGGCCUGAUCACCGACAACGAUGAGACAGCCUAUAGGGAGGAGGUCAGAGAUCUGGCCGUGUGGUGCCAGGACAACAACCUCUCCCUCAACGUGACCAAGACAAAGGAGAUGAUUGUGGACUACAGGAAAAAAAAGAGGACUGAGCACGCCCCCAUUCUCAUCGACGGGGCUGUAGUGGAACAGGUCGAGAGCUUCAAGUUCCUUGGUGUCCACAUCACCAACGAACUAUCAUGGUCCAAACACACCAAGACAGUCGUGAAGAGGGCACGACAAAGCCUAUUCCCCCUCAGGAGACUAAAAAGAUUUGGCAUGGGUCCUCAGAUCCUCAAAAAAUUCUACAGCUGCACCAUCGAGAGCAUCCUGACUGGUUGCAUCACCGCCUGGUAUGGCAACUGCUUGGCCUCUGACCGCAAGGCACUACAGAGGGUAGUGCGUACGGCCCAGUACAUCACUGGGGCAAAGCUCCCUGCCAUCCAGGACCUCUAUACCAGGCGGUGUCAGAGGAAGGCCCUCAAAAUUGUCAAAGACUCCAGCCACCCUAGUCAUAGACUGUUCUCUCUGCUACCGCACGGCAAGCGGUACCGGAGUGCCAAGUCUAGGUCCAAAAGACUCCUCAACAGCUUCUACCCCCAAGCCAUAAGACUCCUGAACAGCUAAUCAUGGCUACCCGGACUAUUUGCACUGCCCCCCCACCCCAUCCUUUUUACGCUGCUGCUACUCUGUUAAGUAUUUAUGCAUAGUCACUUUAACUCUACCCACAUGUACAUAUUACCUCAACUAGCCGGUGCCCCCGCACAUUGACUAUGCAACGGUACCCCCCUGUAUAUAUAGCCUCCCUACUGUCACUUUAUUUUACUGUAUAUAUAGCCUCCCUACUGUCACUUUAUUUUACUUCUGCUCUUUUUUUCUCAACACUUUUUUGUUGUUGUUUUAUUCUUACUUUUUUGUUUAAAAUAAAUGCACUGUUGGUUAAGGUCUGUAAGUAAGCAUUUCACUGUAAUGUCUGCACCUGUUGUAUUCGGCGCAUGUGACCAAUACAAUUUGAUUUGAUUUGAUUUGAUUUGAUAUAGUGUGUGACUUCCUUUAUUUUUCCUUAGGAAGUUGUGGAAAUAAAACCGCUCUAGCUUACAAACGGGAUUAAGUCCUUUCUACAGUAGUUAACCCAACAAAACCUUUGCUGAUUUGAAAUAUCUGACGACGGAUACAGCAGUAAUACUAUGUCUUUAGAGAUGACGAUGAGUAGCGAGGGUGAGUUGUAACUGAUCCUAUCCUGUUGUUGUCAAGGUUGAGCAGCUGUUCUGUCUUGGCCUGAAGACCAGGCUGGAGUGUCUCAAGGUGCUGGAGAUGUACAACUGGAACCUGGAAGUGGCCAGCACUCAGCUCCUGGACUCAUACGGCUCCGUCAAGCAAAGGUAACAUAGAAUUCUGGAGAACUUAAAGGGGUAGUUUGGGAUUUUGGCAAUGAAGCCCUUUUAUCUACUUGCUAGCUGAUCCCGAAGACUUCCAGUAUUUGCGCUAACACUAGUUAGCAUUUGCUCGCAAAACUACCUGUAACUAACUUCCUUCAUACUGGACGCAGAGACAUAAAAUUUGUUCCAUGACUUAAUCUGUGGGAAAAAUAGAUACAGUCCCUUCAGGAAGUAUUCACACCCCUUUACUUUUUCCACAUUUUAUUGUGUAACAGCCUGAAUUUAAAAUUGAUUAAAUUUAGAUUUUGUGUCAAUGAUCUACACACAAUACCCCAUAAUGUAAAAGUGCAAUUUUGUUUGUAGAAUGUUUUUUAAAUGAAAAACAUAAUUAAGCUGACAUUUCUUGAGUCAAUAAGUAUUCAACACCUUUGUUAUGGCAAGCCUAAAUAAGUUCAGGAGUAAAAAUUUUACAAAUCGCAUAAUAAGUUGCAUGGACGUGUUCAAUAAUAGUGGUUAACAUGAUUUUUGUAUGACUACCCCAUCUCUGUACCCCACAUGUACAAUUAUCUGUAAUCAAGUAGUGAAUUUCAAGCACAGAUUCAACCACAAAGACCAGGGAGGUUUUUCAAUACCUUGCAAAGAAGGUGGUCCUCUGUAGCUCAGCUGGUAGAGCACGGCGCUUGUAACGCCAAGGUAGUGGGUUCGAUCCCCGGGACCACCCAUACACAAAAAAUGUAUGCACGCAUGACUGUAAGUCGCUUUGGAUAAAAGCGUCUGCUAAAUGGCAUAUUAUAUUAUUAUUAUAAAGAAGGGCACUGAUUGGUAGAUGUGUAAAACAAAUAAAAUAAAAGCAGACGCUGAAUAUCCCUUUGAGCGUGGUAAAGUUAUUAAUUAGGCUUGAGAUGGUGUAUCAAUACACCCAGUCAUUACAAAGAUACAGGCAUCCUUCAUAACUCAGUUGCCGGAGAGGAAGGAAACUGCUCAGGGAUUUCACCAAUGGAGCCCAAUGGUGAUUUUAAAAUGGAUAUAGAGUUUAAUGAUUGUGAUAUGAGAAAACUGAGGAUGGAUCAACAACAUUGUAGUCACUCCACAAUACUAACCUAAAUGACAGAGUGAAAAGAAGGAAGCCUAUACAGAAUAAAAUUUUUCCAAAACAUGCAUCAUGUGGCAAAGAAAUUAACUUUUAGUCCUGAAUACAAUGCGUUAUGUUUGGGGCAAAUCCAACACAACACAUCACUGAGUACCACUCUUCAUAUUUUCAAGCAUGGUGGUGGCUGCAUCUUGUUAUGGGUAUGCUUGUCAGGAUAAAAAUAAACGUUAUAGCAAAAUCCUAGAGGAAAACCUGGUUCAGUCUGCUUUCCAACAGACACUGGUAGACAGAUUCACCUUUCAGCAGGACAAUAACCUAAAACACAAGGACAAAUCUACACUGGAGUUGCUUACCAAGACGACAUUGAAUGUUCCAGAGUGGCCUAGUUACAGUUUUGACUUAUAUCUGCUUGAAAAUAUAUGGCAAGACUUGAAAAUGGCUGUCUAGCAAUGAUCAAGAAUAAACUUGACAGAGCUUUAAGAAUUUUUUUAAGAAUAAUGGGCAAAUAUUGUAUAAUAAUAAUAAUAUGCCAUUUAGCAGACGCUUUUAUCCAAAGCGACUUACAGUCAUGCGUGCAUAAAUAUUUUUUUUUUGUGUAUGGGUGGUCCCGGGGAUCGAACCCACUACCUUGGCGUUACAAGCGCCGUGCUCUACCAGCUGAGCUACAGAGGACCACGUAUAAUCCAGGACUGCAAAGCUUUUAGAUACUUACCCAAGAAAGACUCACAGCUGUAAUCGCCGCCAAAGGUGCUUCUACAAAGUAUUGACUCAGGGGUGUGAUUACUUAUGUAAAUUAGAUACUUCUGUAUUUCAUUAUCAAUACAUUUCUAAAAACAUGUUGUUUAAAUUUUUGCAAUAUGGGGUAUUGUGUGUAGAUGGGUGAGAAAAGAAAUCGCCAUUUAAUCCAUUUUGAAUUCAGGCUGUAACACAACACAAUGUGGAAUAAGUCAAGGGGUAUGAAUACUUUCUGAAGGCACUGUAGUGCAAAAAUAAAAUAAAAAAUACAUUUUAUUAUUUUUUAUUAUUUUAUUGGGUGGUUGUCCCACUGGCUAUCCUAAGUUGAAUGCACCAAUUUGUAAGUCGCUCUGGAUAAGAGCGUCUGCUAAAUUACUUAAAUGUAAAUGUAGUGCCAAAAUCCUGAACUAUCCCUUUAAGAGUAGACCUCAGGAGAAUUUACGGCAAUCUAACCCUGCUGUUGCUGAUGCUGGCUUUUGCUCCAGACAAACAGCCAAACACAUGGGCCAUGUUCAGUAGGGCAUACUGUAACUAAACGUUUUGAAUAGGAAAAUAAAAAGGAAACAGGUAGUCCCUGUUUCAGUCUGAACUCUUCCGUUUGGUGCCUAAUGAACAAGUCACAAGAAUCAGUUCGAUGUGCUGCUGCUUGGUCCAGCCCAAUAACCUGAUAUACUUGUGUUUAUCCACAAUUUAAACUGUAUCAAUUUAUGUUAAUCUAGCACCAAGUAAAAUAGAUAGAAUUGUGAAUGUACUUUGAUUUGUUUUGAAAUAAUGGAACAUGAAAAUAAACCUCUCAUCCCAUUGCAGGCGGUGACCGAUGUCGCUAGGAGCAACAGCAACAGAGUCCGCUCGGAACUUGUUUUAUUCGUCAUCUGUCUUUGA